UCAUUGAUUGGCACAAUUGUUUUUUCCAAACGGCGCCGUGUCCCAUCUCUCCUGGAAACUCUCCCAGGCCCUCUUUCCGGGCGUGCGCCACAAACAGCUUUAAAUAAUAGUCUAUUUUGACGCUUAUUUUUUGCCUGUAUCUUCUCACCAACAGUUUUUUGUUUUUCGUUUGGUUGGUAAAAUAAAGUACUUUCAGAAAAACAAAAGUGGAUUUAUUGAAUCUGGGUGUUCGAAUCGAAAAUACACUUGGAUUCGUUCAUUUUUCGAUGAUUUAUUGACCCGGGAAGAAUUAUCUUAGGGUAUUGUUGUUCAUUUUUUGGUGAUAAAUAUCAGGUGAAAGUAAUAUUUGCAAGAUAUGGCGUCGCAUUUUGAUAGGUGGGAGAAAGAUCCGUUCUUUUCAGCUGCAGAAGAGGUUCAAGAAUCUGCCGACAGAAUGGAAUCAACUUUUAGGACAUGGAUUCAUGCGUUGAAGGAUACUUCUGGUAGUUGGAAUUGCGAUGCGCUUCGCAGGGACCUUAGAACUACCCUUGGCACUGCUAAAUGGCAGCUGGAGGAAUUUGACCGGGCAGUUAAAUUGAGCUACAAUAGUAACUCUGCUGAUGAUGCAAGAGAUAGACACCACGAAUUUGUUAUUGCAAUCGACAGUCAGAUUAAGAAAGUUGAGAAUUCACUUAAUGAAUCAGCUGUUUCACAAGGCAAACCACCACUUCCAUGGGUGCGUUUGGAUGAGGGAGAAGUCAAUGAACUUGCUGCAUUUCUCUCUGGCCCAUCCACCUCUUCUGCAGGCAUAACCCAUGCAAAAGUACAUGGAGUGGAGCUGCAAACUCCCAAAUGGGAAGAGGGUGUAAAUCAAUCACUUCUAGAGUGUUAUGAGAAUCCUACUCAUACAGAUGAUGGUGUUCGAGGUGAGGCCAUAGACGAGAAGUUUCUGGGCCACCGGAGAACAGCAAGUGCUAGUGCUGACAUUGGUGCAUGGCAGAUUGCAGUUGGCAAUGACGUUUCCAUCAAAGAACCUGUACCACCUCCUCGCAGAAUACCCAGUUACCAGGGAUUGUUGAAUGCCGUGGAAUCUGUUAAGGAGUUAAAAUGGCCCAAGAAUGGUUACAGGAAGUUGAAGUUCAAUCAAGAAGCUGACAAUACAUUGCCGCGCACUCAUCCACCAACAAGGAUCGUAAACACAUGCUAUGAGAGGAAUAAGAGUUGCCUUGAUGGUUGUGAUGAUUGUUAUGAUAAGCAACUGUAUGGUUGGUAUGGUGCCGUUCAGCGCCAGCUGCAAAGAUCUCAGUAUUACAUGCAAUAUCGUCGACCUGUUCGAAUAGUUUUCUCAGUGUUUCUUCUCAUUUUCCUGAUUGCAAGUUCUAGCAAGGGAUCAGUGGAUCACAUGUACUGGAAGCUUUCCUCCAUCUAGCAGCCUCUGCCUAAUCAGGGAAGAGUCUUUCCUUCUUGUGAUGACAUUUGUUCAUCUAAUCUUUUAUCAAUCACAAAUUUCUUCUCUUGAUAUCCGUUGACAUAAAUAAUAGCGAAAGAAAAAACUUGAAUACCCUUUUUUGGUUUGUUCAUUUAUUCUGACUUGCUUUUUCCUCUUUUUGGCUGAUGUUUUGCAGUUGUGAAUAAGUUCAUGACAUAUGUCAGCCAACAAUAAUUUGUUACUUCCUUGACUAAUUUUUAUCAGGGGUGCUGUUCGUUUAGAAUAGUGUCCAUCUCCAAAGGAUUUUAUGCAUGGAUUGGAGUGAGUGUCAGAUAUGUGGAAGAGUUCAAUCUUCAUUCACACACGUCUUCUCCUAAAAUAUGUUUACCCUGUGUCUGAAGUGCUACCAGCUCGUACCGUGUAGGGUGGGGGGGAUUGGGUGUAUGCCAUAUGCAGCCUCCCCUUGUAUUUCUCUGAAGGAUCGAACCCAUGACCUGUAGGUUACCAAAGGAGCAACGCUAUCCUUAAGUGAAGCCCUCCUGACUUGUCUCUCACCUGAAGCGGAAAACCUUCUCAGAGAGUAUAAUUUCUUCUUUUUUUCUAAUUAAAGUUUCUUCUCAAAGAAGAUAAUGACAUUCUCUUUUUAGCAAGAUCUGCAGAAUCAGGAAGUGUACUUAUAGUCUAUUUUAGAGUUGGUAAAUAGGGAUUUCUCCCCUGGUGGAAAGUUUGAUAAGUUCCACUCCUUUCUUUUUCUUUCAUCACAGUAUGACAAAUGAUAAUCGGAAUGAACAUGAUAUACAUCUUGUUUAUGUACAAUGCUUAGAGAAUGAGGCAGAAAGAGUAACCUGUGGAGGUUCUUGAGAGAAAGUUUCAGGAAUAAAGGAAGAUAUAUAAAAAUUUGGAGAUGGAUAAUAUUUUGUAGAAAUUUGGCACUUUCACCAAGUAAGAGAGCUAGGAAAUUAGUCAAAAGGCAAUUACCUUUCAGUUCCCCGUAAUUUUACUGGAUUGCAGCUUCGGUUACUAAGCUCAUUUUUUUUUGUUUUCUGGUAUAAGUCCUGAAUACAUAUUCUGCAAUUGAGAGGUCUACCGAACAAAUAACCUUUUUCUUCGUCCACUCAUUCCAAUCAAAAGAAAGAAAACAAAGCAAAGAGUACCUACUCUGUUGAUACUCAUUCGUUAUUUCUUUCAUUAUUUUUUCCUUGGGAAUUGAUUUCUUUGUGUAUAGCAUCUCUCCAGCAAGAAUGAUUGGAGACUUCGACAAGUGAUUUAGGUUCAUGGGAAGAUUGAACUGAGAUAAGGUAAGCUCAAACUUUUGAAAAACCAGACCCAGUCUCAGCCUCUCUUGGAAUCCUGAAUACGCCAAUAAGUAAUUAACUGUACUAAUCCAUGUCUCUCUCCUAUCAAUCGGUACUAGACUACUAGUUGAAGUAAUGAAUAGAAAAUUAUAGCGGCUAGGAAAGCAUUGGAGAUUUUAUGGGAAAUCGAAAACGUUGAAGUUGUGACUUAUAAAUAGGAAGAUGAGGAGAUAAGGGGCGAAGCAUAUUCAGAAAGAUUCAUAUUCAUUCACAGAGGAAUUCCACUUUGAAAAGGAAAAGGACAGUUUCAAAUGGAAGACCCCCUCUCAAGUCCCAUUGCCUUGUGUCUGCUGAAUGCUUCCUUUUUCUCAAGUCUGUUGUCGGAAUGGCUACUAGAGCGGAAGACUCCUUUGGCAGAGACAAUGGUACCAUCAGAGGAAGAAUAGGAUUUUAUUCUCUGGCACAGGGAAGAAGUUUUAUUUCCCGGCCACAGACACCACUACAAUCAUUGACUUCACGAGUUGGCUGCCGCAUCUGUGAUGAGAUCCCAAAUGUCAGUAGUCUAUGGUUGUCUGUUAGUAGAUGCCACUAAAUCUACCAAUACUUAUAUAGCUUGUAUGCCCAAACUCCCAAAGAUCUGCUUAUUUUGGAAAUUGUUUUUUGUUAGAAUUUGCUUUUAGAAAAUGUAAUUUUGUAGAGGAGUAGCUUGCAUUUGGCUAAUCAUUUAAAAGCACUUUUGCUAAUAUUAGAUAAGUAAUUUGUGCUUGGUCAAGGUUCCGAAAGUGCUUCAGAGGGAAAACUACUUUUUAGUUUCUGGAAAACAGCUUCUGCUACUACUCACAAGCAUUUAUUUUGUUCUUAGAAGUUUGGUCAAACACCUCGACUCUCUAAAAUAAGCACUUUAAAAAAACACUUUUGACUUUCCAAAAGCUUGGCCAAACAGGCUAUUAGUUUGAGACUGCUUUGUGCCUUCUCCUUCCCCAACAGGACCACAGACAGAAAUUUUCAUUCCCACUUAUGAUGUAUGAUUUUUCUUGAUUAGUUCUGUCAGCUGGUCUCUCCCACAUUGUUCCAAUGAAGCAAUAUUGAAAUACAUGACUUUAUUGUAAUCAUUUUGCACUCCAUGUUGACUUAGCUGAUGGGUUUGAAUCACACAUAGUUAAGAAUGUCAGACUUUAAGCCUCCUACUCUACACAAAGAGUUUACCUUCUAGUUGGUCUUGGUUCUUCAUUCUAUUUUCUUAGCACAUGUGUUGGUUAAACGAAAUAAACCUAGCUCUUUACCCGGUACUUGUGUUGGUGGGAGGUAGUAGGAACCGGUGGAAUAGUCGAGGUCGGACAUCACUCUUAUUAAAAAGAAAAGAAAUGGAAGUAUCUCCUUAUGGUUUUGUUGAAGCAACAUACAUAUUUCAAAAUUGUAGGAUGUUUGGAGUAUUGCCAUUUCUUUCUUUAAUAGUAAAUCAGAUAACCCAACAUAUCUUAACGUCUCUU